UUGGGGAUGUAUAUAAGGUCGAGCGAACGAAAGCCAAUCCACACACAGUCCUCGUGGUGACCAUCCCUUGUACAUCCAGUCCCAUCUCCAGCUCUCUCAUCUAACAAUGAAGGUCUUCAUCAUUCUUUGUCUCGUUGCUGCUGCUGCUGCCCAACGAGCUGAACUGCAGUACCAACCCGUCCCCUAUUCAUUCAACUACGUCGCCGAACUUGAAGACGGUGGAAGAAGUUCUCACGAAGAAUCUGGGGAUGGUGCAGGACGAGUGAGUGGAUCUUACACCGUCAAUAAUCUGGAAGGACACGCUAGAGUUGUCGAAUACGUUGCUGAUGAAGGUGGAUUCCGAGCCAACAUCAGGACCAACGAACCAGGCACAGACAACGCCGCUCCCGCUGAUGUCGUGAUUGAAUCUUCCGCUGAUGGAGCCGCAGCCCCUGCUGCUGCUAGGUCAUACUCCGCACCAGUUUCUGCUCUAGCUGCUCGCCCAGUUCCAGCUUCCGCUGGCGCAAAUACCGUUACAGACCCCAGAACUGGAGUCCGAUACGUUUUGGUCCCUGAUACCGAUCCCAGAGCUGCUCGUGGAAUCCCUGUCUAAAUAAUGGCACUGUAGUUAUACUCUAAUCACUUGCUUCCAAAUUAGAUACUAACAAAAAAAUUUGACAAAAAUGUUUCCUAGCAAAUUUUUUAUACCUCCUAUAGCUUUUAUGACUUAUAUUUUAAUAAAAUUAUAUUUUUUACAAAA